AUGAUGAAUAUUACUCAGCCACAAAACUGGACUCGUGGUGAUUACCUGGUGUCAACUGACCCGGAUCUUCUCCAGGUCGAUGCGAUCAAUGCUGCAUUGAGCUCGGACAUGGUCUGGUGGGCCGGAGACCUACCAAGAGAUGCACUCUGGAAUGCCCUUCGGAGCUCAAUCUGUUUUGGCCUCUAUCACAAAAAGUCCACAUUUACGAAUGCAGACAACAAAUCUUUGGACAAUAAUACUGAACAGCUUGAGCAGGUUGGACUGGUGAGAGUCAUCACAGACGGUGUAACAUUUGGAUAUCUCACGGAUGUGUAUAUCUUGCCAGAGCAUCAAGGAGGUGGACACAGUCGUUGGAUGCUUGGGAUCCUCAACGAGGUUUUGAAAAGUUGGCCACAUCUGAGACGUGUCAUGCUUCUUACCACGGACAAGAUGCCUCUCUUUGGGAAGAACCUAGGAAUGAAGGACCACAAGGAGUUUGAAGGGAUGAAGGGUGUUCAGAUUGCAAUGGUUGAAGGCCCUGGCGCACAGCAUUGA